GAACCAGCCAGCAGGAGUGCUAUUUAUUCAGAGUUCCCAGCACAGGACAGAGCAGUCUGGGUAGAGGUGAAAGGCCAGAGCCAGGAAGACACAAGCUUCCCCAGAAAGCUUCCCAAGGAAAAUGGGCACCAGGGGCCAAGUUAUUACCUGCAAGGCAGCUGUGGCCCGGGAAACCGGCAGUCCCCUUUGCAUUGAGGAAGUUCAAGUGUCUCCUCCUAGGGCUCAUGAAGUCCGAAUUCAGGUAAUCGCCACGUGUGUGUGCCCUACUGACGUCAAUGCUACCAAUCCUAAGAAGAAAGCUCUCUUCCCAGUAGUCCUUGGCCAUGAAUGUGCAGGAAUUGUAGAAAGUGUUGGGCCAGGAGUGACCAACUUCAAACCAGGUGACAAAGUAAUCCCAUUCUUUGCACCACAGUGUCAAAAAUGCAAGUUCUGUCUGAGUCCUCUCACAAACCUCUGUGGGAAACUUCGAAACUUUAAAUACCCCACCAUUGAUCAAGAGCUCAUGGAAGACAAAACCAGUAGGUUUACCUGUAAAGGAAAACCAAUUUACCAUUUCAUGGGAGUCAGCUCAUUCUCUCAGUACACUGUGGUUUCAGAAGACAAUCUUGCCAGAGUCGAUGAUGAGGCAAACUUGGAAAGAGUUUGUCUGAUUGGAUGUGGGUUCUCAUCAGGCUACGGGGCUGCCAUCAACACUGCCAAGGUCACCCCUGGUUCCACUUGUGCUGUCUUUGGUCUCGGGUGUGUAGGUCUUUCUGCUAUAAUUGGAUGUAAGGCAGCAGGCGCUUCCAGAAUCAUAGCUAUUGACAUCAACAGUGAGAAGUUUUCAAAAGCCAAGGCCCUGGGAGCCACUGACUGCCUUAAUCCCAGAGACCUAGAUAAACCGGUGCAGGAUGCCAUCACUGAACUGACCAGCGGAGGUGUGGAUUUCUCCCUUGACUGUGCAGGAACAGCUGAGACCUUGAAAGCAGCUGUGGACUGCACAGUAAUAGGCUGGGGAUCGUGCACUGUAGUUGGAGCAAAGUCUGAUGAAAUGAAUAUAUCCACCGUGGACGUUAUAAUGGGCCGUUCUAUAAAUGGAACAUUCUUUGGUGGUUGGAAAAGUGUAGAUUCUGUCCCAAACCUGGUUACUGACUACAAGAAUAAGAAAUUCGAUCUGGACUCAUUGGUGACCCAUGCCUUACCAUUUGACAAAAUCAAUGAAGCAAUUGACCUGUUGAACCAAGGAAAAAGCAUCAGAACAAUCCUGACCUUUUGAAGAUGCCAAGAGUACUUUGGAAUAUUAUCUGAUUGGAUCUGAGCCUGUCUGGUUAACGUAUUACUUCACAUGAUGAGCCAAAGAAAACUACAAGUUUAUGCACAUGUUUAUACAACAACAUAAAUUAACUAGAAAUAACAUACCUAUAAAUAUAUUCAGAUUUCCUGUAUUAAAUAACUGAUGCUGCGUAUCAUGGCUCAGGGGAACACACCUUGCUUAGCAUGUACAAAGCCUUGAUUUCAAUGCCCAGAAAAGGGAGUGGAUGAAGAAAUGAAUUAGAUACCUGAAGUGUGUAUAAAAUCAUUUGUUUAGAAACUGUUUAAAACUAUUUCUCAGAAGUGGAGGUGGAAAAUGAAAAAAAUAAAUAAGGCUUGUCUAUAUGUUUGUAACUUAAGCUGGGGAAUGAAUACAUGGAAUUUCAUUAUACUGUUCUUUUCACUUUUAUCUGUGUUGACAGUUUUUCACAAUAAAAAGACUUUUGCUGGAAAAAACUGUAA